AUGGCGUUUGCUAUUGUCAACAGCCAAGUGAGCAGACGACCGGCUGCCUCGAGCAAAGCAGGCCUCGGCCCCAUCACGACAGUCCCAAGCAGCAAGGUCACCAUUACCGCCAGCGCGCUGGGGUCUGUCUUGGAGGUGACAGACCCUAGGUAUGAUGUUUUCGCCUUUGGCUUGUUCAUGAGCGAGCUCCCGCGGCGUCUCGGGCACAGCGUCGCUCUGGACGCGUCGACGGCGGCCUUUGUCAGCGCCCUGAAAGAUCUGCGCACCAGGCAGCCGACGCCCGAUACCAUAAGGAAGUACGUGGGAGCCCUGAGUGCCGUGCAGAAGAGCCUGGGGGACGAGAGCACGGCGUACUCGGCCGAGACGCUGUGCGCCGUGUUCUUGGUCAUGGCCGCGCAGCCGUGGCUGUCCAUGAAGGGCGACCGGCACCCCAGCCACGGCCUGGGCAUGUCGCAUCUGCUCAAGAUGCUGGUUGACAGGCAGCCCCAUGAUGACUUUUUGCGGACGCUGAUGGCAUCAGUCACCGUCGUCGUGAUACUCGAGAACAUAUUCAACCCGGCGAUUGCGCUGGAGCCUUGGAUACACAAGGUGCGUCCGCUGACGAGUCGGGAGGAAGAGGAGGCGGCGUUGAAGCUGGGCCUCAACUUCCGAUCCCUGGACAUGGGAUGGCUCUCGAAGCUGCCUGAGCUCAUACGCAACCCGGUCGAGAACAGCGCCACCAUCAGGGCCUACUAUGAGAUGAUACAGACCGACUAUCCCGGGAUAAAGCGCUUCGGGGACAGCGUCAUUGAGGCGAGAUGCGUUGGGCCGCCGACGUCUCUCCCGCUCCGGGUUGUGCGGGCGCAGACGCAGUUCCACGCCGCGCAGUGCGUCAUCCUAUCCAUCGCCAUCGCCUUGAACGCAUUCGUGGGCAAGCACUUUGGCCCCGGCGACCUUGCAGCCGCAGAGAGGUAUGCCUUUUGCGCCGAUGCCAUCCAACUUGCGGAGAGGGCUCGGCACCGAAGGCCCCUGGCUGCCGCUCACAUUCCGCUGUGUCUCAUCGCGGCUUGGCUAUCUUCGCGGGAUGCCGCGCAGCAGGCGCAGCUGGAGCUUCUGAUGGACGAGUACGAGAAAGACUAUCAUCUGAUUGAAAUGGUCCGAGGCGCAACGCAGGCCGAGGGGAGAGGGAAAGAGGGCGCGAUUCGCACAUUCGCCUGCUUUCCGAUGCAGACACUGGGCGGGCAGAAUGGACCGCCGGGACCAAGGGCUGGCCCCGAAGCUUACUGCGCAGAGUACUGUACUAUUCUGUGA